AUGGAAGUAAUUCAUGAUCAAGCAAAUCAAGAAUUCAAAAUUGAACUUGAUAAAUCAACAUCUGACAAAGCUUAUUUAACAUAUGAAUUUCAAGAUGAUACAAUUGAUUUUCAACAUACAUUUGUUCCAUCAAAAUAUCGUGGUCAAGGUAUUGCUGAAAAACUUGUUCAAAAAGCUUUAAACUUUGUUGAUAAUGAAAGUUCAAUUAAAAGAAUUAUUCCAACAUGUUCAUAUGUUGCUAAUUUUUUAGCAACAAAAGCUCCUCAAUAUGCUCGUUAUUUAAAAUAA